CUCGAUCGGCCUCGGCUCUCCAUUCUCACUCCUUAUCCUCACUCCAGCAGCACGCUCGUUCCUGCACCAACACUCGCAGCAGCUCACCAUGGUCAGCGAGCAGACGCCGGUGGCCACCGAGCCGGAGCUGGAGAGCGGCGACGCGGCGCCGGAGGUCAUCAAGGCCGAGGAGCCCGCAGAGGACGGCGCGCCCGUCGUCGAGGACGUCAAGGAGGGCGACGGUGACGAGGAGGAGGAGGAGGACGAGGAUGACGACGAGGACGACGAGGAUGAAGACGGCGAGCUGGGUGUGGCCGGGAGCGAGGGGUCGAAGCAGAGCCGGAGCGAGAAGAAGAGCCGCAAGGCCAUGAUGAAGCUCGGGAUGAAGCCCGUCACCGGCGUCAGCAGGAUCACCAUCAAGAGAGCCAAGAACAUCCUGUUCGUGGUGUCGAAGCCGGACGUGUUCAAGAGCCCGACGUCGGAGACGUACGUGAUCUUCGGGGAGGCCAAGAUCGAGGACCUGAGCUCGCAGCUGCAGGCGCAGGCGGCGCAGCAGUUCAGGAUGCAGGACCUGAGCAAGGCGAUGAGGCCCGACGCGGCGGCGGCCGGGGCGCCCGCCGACGAGGAGGAGGUGGUGGACGAGACCGGCAUCGAGGCCCGCGACAUCGACCUCGUCAUGACGCAGGCCAGCGUCUCCCGCGCCAAGGCCGUCAAGGCCCUCAAGGCGCACGACGGCGACAUCGUCAGCGCCAUCAUGGAGCUCACCGCCUAGCCUUCUUCGCUUCCAUCUUCUCCAAGUCCGGCCGGGAUGUUUCCCCGCCGGAGUGUCGUAUCCAUCAUGUAGCCGUGUGUUUUGCCGUGGAUUUGAAUCCUUUUCUUCUCUCUACCAAACGUACGUGGACGCUGCACCAUAUGUUGUCAGUUUCGAGACAUGUUAGUGUUCCUCUUUCAAGUGGUCAAUUGAAAUCCUCGGAAUGGA